CCGGUGUGUGGAGAACGCCGCUAACGGUGGCUGGCACGGGCGCAGUGUGCACGUGUGUACAUUGAAUAAACCAAUAGCCACCUACCCAUGGCUCGCGUCUUCAGAAUUGUAUUCCAUUCAGAGAAAGUAACUAGCCGGAGAAGAGUUCCAAUUUGGUGUCGUCACCAUUCUCUCUUCUCUUUUCUUCUCUUCUGAAUCGAAUCGAUCGGCGCAUAUGGCACUCUCGCGCCUUCGUCACCCUCUCUUCUCUCGCUCCCUUCGUAUCCUCUCUUCUUCCACCAGAUCCCUCUCUCGAACUUCUAAUUCAACGAUUUUUUCCGCGGCAGCUCAAUCGAGUAUAAGUUUACUGAUGGUGAUGUUUAUCAGACCCACAUCUUGCUCAGGGAUUACUGGAAUUAAUGAUAGGUCUAUGAAGUCAAAGUGGACUGAUGUCAAAUACUUUUCAUCUUCAGAAUCUUCAUACGAAGUCCUUGGGAUGCCAGCUUUAUCACCUACAAUGACGCAAGGUAAUAUUGCAAAAUGGAGGAAGAAAGAAGGAGAGAAGAUAGAAGUGGGGGAUGUACUAUGUGAAAUUGAAACUGACAAAGCUACGCUAGAAUUUGAAAGUCUUGAAGAGGGAUUUCUGGCUAAGAUAUUGGUACCUGAAGGUUCAAAGGAUGUGCCUGUUGGACAACCAAUUGCUAUAACAGUUGAGGAUGAAAAGGACAUCCAAAAUGUUCCUGCUUCUGUGGGGGGUCAGGUUGAAGAGACGAAACCAGCACAGCAGGAUGUUACAGAUGAGAAGAAACCAGAAUCAACUUCUACUAUGAUUAAUGCAUCAGAACUUCCUCCUCAUGCCCUUCUUGAAAUGCCAGCUUUGUCUCCGACAAUGAACCAAGGUAACAUUGCUAAAUGGAGAAAACAAGAAGGAGACAAGAUUGAAGUGGGUGAUAUAUUGUGUGAGAUAGAGACAGACAAAGCUACACUUGAAUUUGAAACUCUUGAAGAGGGGUACCUGGCUAAGAUACUUGCUCCAGAAGGUUCGAAAGAAGUGGCAGUUGGGCACCCUAUUGCAAUAACAGUUGAAGAUGCAAGUGACAUUGAAGCUAUAAAGAAUUCUGUUAACAGCAGUUCAACAAACCAACAGAAGGCCCCCCAACAUGACACUAAAAGUGAGGUCAAAGCUCAAAAAACCAAAAUAGCACGAAUCAGCCCAGCUGCGAAGUUGCUAAUUGCAGAGUAUGGAUUGGACGCAUCAACAUUGAAUGCAACUGGUCAUUACGGCACCCUACUGAAAGGGGAUGUUCUUUCUGAAAUUAAGUCAGGAAAAUUGUCUCCUAAACCUGCUUCACCUAAAGAAAAGGUGCUGUCAUCUCAAAGUCAUCAACAAGUGGCAGCUUCUAGAGAAUCAAAGUCUAACUUAGGGCAGUCGGAUUCUUAUGAAGAUUUUCCUAAUAGUCAAAUUCGCAAGGUAGGUUUAUCAAAUAUUUCAUGCUUAUGAAUAAUGUUCUUUAAU